AUAUUCUAACCCACCGAGGCCCAAAAAAAAAAAGCCUCCCGUGCCUACUUAAUUAAAAACGGGAAGGAAAUAAUUCCUCCAAAAUCCUCCAAACGAAACAUGACCACCGCAGCUGAAACCCGCAAUUGGCUAGAACUGCCGUUGGAUGUGACGGCUUCGAUUCUCUCCCGGAUAGGUGCGAUUGAGAUCCUUAACAGCGCCCAAAACGUGUGUUCUUUGUGGCGGAACAUCUGCAAGGACCCAUUAAUGUGGAGAUCCAUUGAUAUGCACAACUUGGGUGAUUUAUGGGACAUGGACUAUGACCUUGCGAAGAUGUGUGUCCACGCUGUCGAUCGCAGCUGUGGUCACUUGCUUGAUAUCAAUGUCGAGUAUUUUGGUACUGAUGCACUUCUUCUUCAUAUCUCUGAGAGGUCUGUUCAUCUUAAGCGUCUUCGAAUAGUAUCAUGCUAUAACAUUUCAGAUGAAGGGUUAAGUACAGCAGCUUUAAAGCUUCCAUUUCUGGAAGAGCUUGAAAUUUCAUACUGCUCCAUUUCGAAAGAUGCUCUGGAAACUAUUGGUCGCAGUUGCCCUCUCUUGAAAUCAUUCAAAUUCAAUGUUCAGGGAUGCAGACGCUUCCACUUGGAGUCUGAUGAUGAGGCACUAGCUAUUGCACAAACCAUGCCUGAAUUACGCCACCUCCAACUUUUUGGGAACAAGUUGACUAAUGAUGGCUUGCUGGCCAUUCUCAACGGUUGUCCUCACCUUGAAUAUCUUGACUUAUGGCAAUGUUUCAAUGUUAGUCUGGGAGGGAACUUGGAGAAAAGAUGUGUUGAACGCAUAAAAAAUUUGCGACGCCCUAAUGAUUCAACUCAUGAUUAUGAGUUCUAUACGGAAGUUCAUGAUACUGGGUCAUCUGAUGAAGAUUAUCCAUCUGGAAUUUCAGACAUAGACUUUAUGUCCGAUGAUUAUGAUGAUUAUUUUGAGUUCUCGGGUGACUCUGAUUAUGAUUUCGGUAAUGGCUAUGAUGCUGUGCUUUUUGACUGAUGCCAUGGAGUGAAGCAAGGGAUACUCCUCCAGUGUCCAGGGAUGAAGAUGAAAAUGGGAGAGCUGCUGCAAAUUCAGUGAUGUUAUCGCAGUUGAUCAGGUCAAAUACUGCACUUUUGUGUUUAUUUUGUUGCAUGGUAGGUUGGCAUUUGUAUAAAAUGUCGUGGUCAUUGACGGUGACACAAACAGAUAUUUUAUCUUUUGAGGGACCUUUGCAGUUGUGUUCAUUUUGUUUGCCAUACUCUGCUAUGUAUAAUAUAAUUAUGUGGUAGAAA